AGGUUUGGAUAAUGUGGUAGAAUUUACUGAUAAAAUGUUCAAGAAAAGCAAUAAAUCAAAGUUGCGGAAAAGAAGAAACUCUGUAGAAGAGGAUGAAGACUUGGAUAAAAAGAAUAAUUCAUCAAAAAAUAACCAAACUGAGACUGUUGUAAAUCCUAAAACGGAAAAGGUUAAAAAAUCAAAGAAGCCUGCAGCAGUGUCACUCCUCAGUUUUGAUGAUGAAGAAGAAGAGUCCGAGAUCCAGCUGAAAAAGUCUUCCAGGAGCAAGCGGAUUGCAAAAAAGAUCAAAAAACGAACUCAAGAGGAGAAAGAGGCGGAAUUAAACCCUCAAGUCGCUCAGAUAAAACCGUCUAAGUUUGUCAAAGAGAAUGCUCCAGAAACUCAUAUUUUCCGACCCAAGGCAGCCGCACCAGAGGUUGAGGAGAAACCUCGUUUCCAACCACAUACGGUUACAAAAGGAGCGAUCCCAUCACCAUCCAUGAUCCAUGCGGCUCGGAAGCAAAGGGAGAUGUUAAGGAAGUUUGGAUCGGAAUUUAUCCCCGUGGAUGACACACAGACUUAUAAAGAAAAUAAAUCUAGGUUGGUGAGGGAAGAUGACUAUGAUAACAGCAGUGAUGAUGAAAUUAUUGAGAUGAAGGGAAUUAAGAGCAAUAAGAGCAUCCAGUCUAAUAAAUAUGUUCCUAAUGAAUCUGAGGAGUCUGAGGAUGGAGAAAAUAAUGAAGCAAAUGUGGAUGAAGAGGUUAAUAGAUGGGAGGAAGAAAUGAUAAAGAAAGGGAGUCAGCAGAUUCCUGGUCAACCUGAGCAAAUGUAUCUGUAUCAAGCUGCUGCACCACAACCUGCUCCGUAUGAUAGUUAUGGGUUUGGUCAGUCCUAUUAUGCUCCUGAGGCACAAAAUCCUGUACCAGUGAAUAAUGUAGAAGCAAAAAGUAAUUUAACGUUUGAAAUCAUUAAAAAACGCUUGAGCGAACAUCUGGUAUCUGCUAAGGAAGUACACAGAAGCCACAAAGCUGAAAUGGACUCAAUUGUUUUUGAUACUAAAGAGAACACGGAAAUGUCAAAACAACUCACUGAUAACUCAAAAGUUUCAGAUGAAUAUCGCUUCUAUCAAGAAAUGAAAGAUUAUGUCAAAAACCUGGUUGCCUGUCUUCGUGAAAAAGUUCCAGAUAUUAAUAAUAUGGAAAAAGCAGCGAGUGUGAUGUGGAAGACACGAUCUGAAAAUCUAAUCGGCCGGAGGAUACAAGAUGUUAGAGAUGAGUCCUCCAAGUUUAUGUCCGGGAAGGCAGCUUUGGAAAAAGGUAAUCAUCUUCAAGAUGCAGAGCUCACACAAAGAGUCCGGGAGCGGGAAGCAAGGAGGACACGAAGAAGAGCUGAUAGACAAAUAAAGAAGAAAGAUGCAGAGCACCAUGACGGUUGUUCUUCAGAUGAUGAAGUCACAUCAAUGGAAGAGGCAAAGAUUUCGGCCGAAAUAAGCAGGUUACAAAAGGAGUCGAGUGAGUUGUUUGAUGAUGUAGUGGACGAGUUUUGUGAAAUAAAAUGCAUCCUGAAACAUUUUGAGACUUGGAGGACUGACCAUUCAGAUUCAUACAAUGAUGCGUACAUCGCACUCUGUAUACCUAAACUAUUGGUGCCUUUCAUACGAUUCGAAACUUUACUGUGGAAUCCUCUAAACGGUGAUUCAGCACCAUUGGAACAAGCAGAGUGGUUCAAAACACUUAGUUGGUAUGGAAUGCACUGUAUUGAUGAUGUCGGAGAUCAUGCUAACAUGGAUGACACCAAGGUUCUUGCUAAUCUAUAUGAAAAAGUGAUUCUUCAAAAGCUGGUUCAGUUGAUCAAAGAAGUGUGGGAUCCACUAUCUACAUUUCAAACUGUAAAUUUGGUUAGUUUUAUGAAUAAUCUUUCUGGGUAUCCGUUCAUGGCUUCAGACAACCGACACUGCCAACAACUCGUCCAAGCCAUUUGUACCCGUUUUCAAAAUUCAUUAAAUAAUGACGUUUAUAUCCCAUUACUUCCCAGCAGUGUUAAAACAGAAGCUGCUCCAUUUUUGGAAAGACAGACAUGGAGUAGCAUAAAACUGUUCAAAAAUGUGCUGCUUCUGCAUGAGUUUUUGUCAUUCGAAGCUAUUACAGAACUUGCAUUUGAUUCCUUGCUAAACAGAUAUAUUAUACUUGCAUUGCAAACCUGCCCACUUAGUAAAUCGUGCUUGCUUAAAUGUAAAGAAAUUGUAUCUUCCAUACCAAGAGACUGGUUUGCAAAAUAUCCUGAUCUCCUGUGUCAUCUUUCCACACUCACCAGAUUUCUUGAGCAUUUCUCAAAAUCUGUUGCUUCCAGUUCUUUACCCGCCGAUAACUUACUGAAAAAGAAAGUGAAUAUUUUACUUCUUGAAAUAAAUUCAAAGUUUACAACGUAAUAUUUUAUCACACUACAAUUCUAAUCUUGUAUGACAAAAUUCAAUGUUUCAAUUAUUGUGCUGAUAAUCAAUUAAAAUUUUCAUUGACGUUUAAAAUGAGGAAUGUUUUAGAGAAUUUAAAUAUCAGCAACCACUUUAAGUCAACUAAAUUUAUUGUUUUUAUUAG